GUGGAGAUGCGCAUGCGCGUGGGUUCGAAAUUGGCCCUACCCUGUUGUUUGACCUGCGGGGCGCGCGGGAGAGAGGAGCGGAUGGACACGUCCCACCGAGGAGAUGCUGUGAAUUCUCUCCUGUGAAGAUUACUUAUAUACCAUGAAGGAACUAGGACCUGUCUGGAGAGUGCUUGCAUCUUCUACAACAGAGUUCACCAGAGCAAAGGUGGCACCUAAAUAUGAAUGGUAACAACUGGACUGCUUGAAGAUCAUACUCAACUACUCAGCUAAGCUGUAAAUGCAGAGGAAAAUUAAUUAUUGGAGCAGCCAGGAAAGUGCUUAUCCUUGAGCUUGUUGGAGCCUGGAGCAUGCAGCUGUUAUGGAUGGUGGAAAGGACUCCUUGAGGGCUCUCACUCAGCAAAGGGGGCAAACUCAAGUUGUGUCUGCUGCUUCACCACUCUUCCCACACUCUCAGUCACACUAAAUCCAAGCUGAGCUCUGUGAGCUGAUGGAUGAACUAGAUGAUGAUUUUAAGGAACUUCGUGCCAACCUGUUGAGUAGGGUGAACAAAAAGAGAGGAGAUGCUGAGGGAGAGAGGAAGGUUCCGAACAGGACAAGGGACACGGCAGCAAGGAGUAAGUUAAAAAAGUCCAAGCCAGCGGCGAAGAGCCAAAGCCAACCAGGAAUGAUGAUGACCUGGCCAGAAUGCUUGGACCCCCACAGGCAGGCACUAACACCCAAAAAGGAAGGUGGACCUCUGAUCUGUGGAAGUGAAGGGACUGCUUUAGAAGAUGGAUGUGGAGGCCAUCUCCCCACCAUUCCAUUGAACACUACAGCAGCUAACUGUAACCAGAACAGCCUGGCAGACUGUGUCCUGAAUAGCAGCUCCCAAACAACGUCAUCCUUUCCUGCUGCAGGAGAACCAGAAGCCUCAGUCUCAUCCCCUUCAAAGACAUUGCUGGUUUCAGGAUCCAGGGUCCGGGUAACAGAGUUGGUGUUGGAAAGGAUGCAGCAGUUUAAGCGAGUAGCCCCAGAACAACUGAAACACACUUCUGACAAGAGCUUGCUAGAGCCUGUAGCUGAUGAGAAGGUUCCUGAUGCAAACCAGGGGAAGAAUGAGCUGGGGAAUGGAGUCAACCCAGAUCUGCCAACAAUGGAACAAGACGUUGCUCUGGCAUUGACUCUCCAGCAGGAGUUCAAACAGGAAGUUCCUAGAAGUCUGGAAGAGUCAGGAUUAUUUUUUUGUCAAAUCUGUCAGAAGGACCUCUCAGCCAUGAACUCAACACGACGGGAGCAACAUGUUAACAGGUGUCUAGAUGAAACGGAGAAAUCACAGGUGUCCUCCUCCAAUAUCGCACGUGUCCCUGAGUGUCCCAUCUGUGGGAAGCAAUUCCAGAUACCCAAAAGUCGAGCCAGUCACUUGAAACACUGUGCUGUCAAGAUGCAGGUCCCUCCCCAGCUGCUUCUCCAGGCAGUGAAGUUGCAAGCUUCAUCCCUCAGUGAGAUCCUUCCUCCAGCACCCAGCACUCAAGUCAGCAGGUCAAAGCGAAAAGGUGGCUCCAAAGAGCAGGCAAAAAAAAAGCCAAAGAUGUCCAAGGCAGAAACUGCGGAUGAGGACGUGCUGGUUGCCAUGGCAAUGUCCCGAUCUCUGCAGGAGCAUGAAAAGCAGAAACAAGAGGAAUCUGUAACAGGUGGUAAACCGGAGAGCGCUCUGCCAAUCAAGUGGAAGCCAGGAUCAAAGAAAAAAAGUCGUAAGAAGCUGUCCCUUGCACCUCCACCGUUGUUACUUCAAGAUCCAGAAACAUCCUGUAAACAGAUUCAAGACCGGGUGGCCAUGCUGCUCACUGAGGACGUGGAAUUCUCCUGUACCCCUCCACUCCCCUUCAGCAGGAUUCUGGAGGAUGAGCCAGAGAAAACAGAGUGGCUUCUGCCAUUGCCCAAAGAUAAGCGCUGCAUUUUGUGGGAGUUUAGUGCUUUGACUGGACCCUGUGACCCUGAAACUUUCUACGCAGCAGGAUUAACCCCUCCAAUUUUACCUUGUAAACCUGUGCAGAGUCAGAAGUCAGAGACUGUUUUUUCAUUGAUGGGAUCUGACCAACCACAGCUAAUCCAACAACAGCCUGUCAUCAGCCAUCCUACUCCUGCAGAACUUGGGAACAAGCUUUCUGAUGAACCUCAAACUGGCCCCUGUGAGGACAGCCCCAGCCGCAAGGAUGUUCAGAUUCUGCAGGACUUGAUUGAGCUGGCUGGGGAAGGACUCACUCUCACCCAGUGGAACCAUGAUGUUCACCUCUCCCAUACAGAGGAGCAAUCAAGGAAAGAAUCAGCGCCCACAGAUAUUCCACUCAGUGGCUUUGUCCCUCCAUACACAGGAAAGAGGUGCCAGAGAAGCAGCCAUGACAGACCCUUGCUCCAGUCACUGGCUUUUGAUUUCAGUGGAAUGGUCAAUAACCCCCAUCUAAGUGACAUCCAGUUCCAGGUCGACUCUGGGGAAGUUCUUUAUGCCCACAUGUUUGUGCUAUAUGCACGGUGCCCACAGGCAGUGGAAAUGGCUCACAAUGAAGGUCUUUUAGUGGAAGAAGAUGGAAAUUUGCAGAUCCGUCGAGUGCUACUGAGUGAAGUCACAGCAGAGGCAACGUAUGCAUUUCUACAGUACCUCUAUUCUGCUGAUUCUAAUAUCCGUCCCCAUGUGCUCUCUGAUGUGAGGAUUCUUGCAGCCAGGUUUGGUGUGAGUGAACUGAUUGCUGUAUGCAGAAGCAGCCCUGGAGAGAACCAAGAACCAUCCGAGGUGGAUUCAGGAGAGGAGCUUUUCUCUGUGGGGGAUGAUGAGGAUUGUGAGAAUAGAGCUGAGAACUUCAAGGAGCUCUUGAAGUCAAUGUGGAUAGAUGAAGAUGAGGAAGAAAUAGCUUUGCUGAAACCAGAAGGAGAAGAGGAGGAAGACCAUGAGAAAGUGGAUGAACAGGAACUUGAGGAAAUCUAUGAGUUUGCUGCUACACAGCGAAAAAUGGCUCAAGACAAGCCACAGGAGAAAAAUGCUCUUCUCUGUGCAUUCUACAGUGAAUCAGAGAAGGCCCAAGACAUGAAUCAACAGGUGGAUGACAAAAAGAGGAAGGUAUUUGAAUCUCUCUCAGCAUGUAGCAAGAUUAAAGAAUGGAAAGGAAAUAUUAAUCUGGGAAGAUCUAGAUGUGAUUUACGUACACAAGAAAAGAAAAUCCAAGGCCCAGAUAGGUGUGAGGGCAUAAAUGUUACACAGAUCACUACAGUGCACUGCCAGGAUGAGUCUUAUAAGUGCAGUGAUAAUGCCAUGUCCUGCGGUGCAUUCUCUGGUGAAAGACAGACCACUAGAACACCCAGAGUUUCCAGAUCAUAUCAGGCUUCGCAAGAUGAAAAGGAGGAAGAUCCCUGGGAAAAGCUGUUCCCUGGUCAUCAACACAGUGUUGUAGCUCUUGAUGUAAGUUAUGAGCACAUAUUUUCUGCAACCCAGGGUGACUAUUGUGAUCCUGCCUCAUUGAAUGAAAAUAUCAAAGACCCUGGAGAGACCAACAGUGAGAAGUGUGUUGAAAUUAAUAACUCGCCAGUUUGCCAUCAGUCACAGAAAAGCCUUGAGUCAGGCAAGAGCAAUUUCUGUCACAGUCCUCUUAUUAAGCUAUGCACACCUCUUUUUCCUGCUAUUGGUUCAUCCCCUUUGUCUGCAAAAUUAAAUCAGACAUUAUCCAGAGUAUAUACAGGCAUUCAUCCUAUAUCAACACCAAUAAGAGAUCUCUCACUUGAUGAUGUGCCCUUCUACAAAGCCAGUGAGCAGGGUUUUGUUUCAAGACAUGAGAACAUAAAGAGAAGAGUUUUUCCAGACAGAUCUCCGUGCAUUCACCUAAACAAGAAAAAAUCUCUCUCACCAUCCUCAUCACAGAUUCUCAAAACUCAGGAUGCCACAUCUCACAUGAACAAAGAACCUGAUAUUAUUGUUUUGUCAGAUUCCGAUGAAGAAAUUGAAUUAAAACAAGCAAAAGAGGAAUCAGAUUCUGGAUCUUCCUUGAGGGAAACAGAAAUUUCUAGGAAAUUGGAUUAUAUCUGUAAAAAAGUAGAGCAAGAUCCCAAGGUGCCAAAAUCUGAACCUGUAUCAGUUGUUGACAAGGACGUACAUCAGAGGCUGUCUCAAGUCUCACUUGGAAUUCAGAAUGAAGUGCAUAGUAAUGCUGCUGCAGAGGUGUUGCCAGAGAUGCAUGUUAACAGCUGGGCAGGUACCUCUGUUGACAGCAAACUGAAUCUGAAUCUGAGCUGUGGGAAAGAGUACAGUUGUGAGGAGAAUUCUAGCAUGGAUGCAUCAUGGCUGGUGCCAGGCACGCCUUUUUUAAGCAAAAGCAGAAACUACUCAACACAGACCCAAGUUUCAAGCAUGAGAAAUUUGAAUUGUCAGGAAUCCACGCACAAGACUGAAGUUUUAGUGGUAGAUAAUAAUAGCCAUAAGCCUUCAAGGACCAUCAUAAACAGUCCUGAACCAACUUCAGGUGGGUUGCCAGUGAUUUUGUCACAAAAACCUUUCCAUCAGGACAACACAGUCAGCAAAAGGAACUCUUCUGGCAGCCAGUUGGGUCAGUGUUCAAAAGACUUUCUGCCCAUUUCUCCUGUGCCUACAAGUCCACUCUCCCCCAAUUGUGCUAGUGUAAAAGAAAAGUCUUCAGAAAGCUCUUCUUCAGCCAGACAAGUGCCUCCAUGCUAUAAGCAGUCUUUGGCAAAUAAAACAGACUUUAGUGUGGUUGAGGUAGAGGACAGUGAGGAAGAAAAAGAUGCAACUCCAUUAUCACCAAGUAGCAAUGUCUUGCUGGGUGAUGAUCCCCCAGUCCCAGUUGAUGAUGCCUUCUGGGACGUUGAAUAUCUGUCACCAAUCAGAGAGACCAGCAAAGAGCCUGAGAAGUCUGAUUGUUCAAAUAACAGUAAAAGUGACCCUAAAGAGGAACAGUGGAAAACCCCAGCAAGACCCCUGGAAGUCAGAGGUAGUACCCCUCUUAGAGGGAGUCCUUUUGACACGCACAAACUUUUGUCCUGUGACAAAAAGAGUCCUGUUGAGAUACUGCCUUCAAUGGGUAAUAGGUUAAGCUUUUUGGAUUCCAAAGUCUGGGACAGUUGGAAUGGAGAUGAAGAUGAUCUCCCAGAGGUAAUUCCUCUCACACAGAGGCUGUCAGCUGCAGCUGUUGCCCAGAACACAGAGCUACUAAAGACUCCUCACCCUAUCUGCCCAAAGAAGAACCUGCCUCCCAAGGUUCCCAUAACACCAAUGCCAGAAUACUCCAUUAUGGAGACGCCAGAGCUUAAGAAAGAAUUGAACAGAUUUGGAGUCCGUCCUCUCCCAAAACAUCAGAUGGUGUUAAAGCUGAAGGAGAUAUUCCAGUACACUCACCAAGUCAUGGAGUCGGAUUCAGAGGAUGAAUUCUCAUCCUCCCAGCCCCCCUUGUGGAAAGCAACUGCGAAGCACUGCAGCCCAUCCAAGGCAGAUGGGACUGCAGUGAGAACAAAGAGUUCCAAAGCCUCAAGUGGAGCAAGCAAGCAGAAGAUGAGUAUUUUGGUUCCUUCCUUACCUGUUCUGGGGAGUACUGAUGACAACGUAAUGGGCCCCUCUACAACAAGUUGUGCAGCAGCUAAGAUGUCUGCUGAAACCAAAAGCCAUGCAGGAGAUGCCAGCAGGCAAAACAAAGUAACUCUGUCUCUUGCUGCAUCUCCAGUUAAAGGUUCUCUGGCAAUCAGCACUGAUGAGCAAAUGCUCUCAGCAUCACAGGAAUCUGCAAUGUCUUCGGGGGAUGGAACGGACCACUCCUUUGGUUCACAGAGUUCGUCUGCCAAUGAAUUUGAGACCUGUGCCCUUGCAUUGGAAGAAGAUUAUAAUGAGGGGGUCCCAGCAUCUCAGACUGCCACUCAGGAUGCAGAUAAACAGGAGGCAGUGAGACGCUACAUCCAUUCAAACCCAGCUCUCUAUCGGAGGAUACUCUUUUAUGAGCCCUUGGAGCUGGCUGAACUGCAAGCUGAGUUGAAGCAGAAUGGCAUCAAGAUUGGGCUGGGAAAGCUCCUGGAUUUUUUAGAUGCUCACUGCAUAACUUUUACCACAGCUGGGACACGGAAAGAGAAGCAGCAACAUAGGGGUAAGAAAAAGAGAGGCAAACGAUAUUAAAUGAAGCCUCUUCUCUGUCCAGCUAUUUCUGCACACAUGCAUUUCCCCUCUGCAGGGUCUAAGACUCUUCUCAUUGUCCCUAAUGUCCAGAACUCUUUCAAGACUUGGUUCUAGAGGUUGAAUUUUUGGAAUAAACCAAAAACCUCACUCUGCCCCCUUAGAAUUUUCAGAGCACAUGAAUUUGAGCUGUUUGUACAAACCAGUUAGUGCAUUGCUUCCCCUUGUGAUGAGUUGCUCAAAUAGCGGAGAUUGGAGGUUGGACUGGAAUUCUUGAGAAGCAGCCAUUCCCGUUGACUUGCAGAGCUGCUCAUUCCACCCCUUGCCUGCUGUGUCAUCCAUUUCACUCCUUAGCACAGAGUUAGCAUAGGUGUUCUGCCUGUUUUUCCUCUUCUUUCUUUAGCCUCUUCUUUCUUUCCUGUUCCAUUCCACUUCUUUUUUUCCAUCCUCACUAGCCUUUUCCUUUCAGUUCUGUCACUCUUCUCUUGUCCUCCCUCUUCUCUAAAAGGUUGUAUUUUAGCCAUGCUUCUAAUCUGUGCAUCUAUGGCCUGAAUACUACUUCCCAAAGGUCUCACUGAGUGCACUAGUAUUGAAAUGAGAUCCUGUCUACAUGACAGGAAGUCUUUAGGUCUUCAGGAAAAGCAGGCCAAAUUCCUUUAAGCUCCAUUGUCCCAUGGUAGAUAUCCUACCAUACUAGAAGGAAAGUUUCUGUUGCUCUGACACGUAAAGCAUUGAGAACAGGCAGAUAUGUUUUAGAAAAAAACCAUGAUGUUUUCAGUUGUUGCUUAGUUUCUUUCAGUAUGAGAUUUUGCUCUACUGAUUGAGGAGUGGAAGUUAAAGAGCAGUGUAGUGGCAGUAUUAUUUAUUGGGUUAAUCAGGGGACCUAAGUGCUACGCUGGUUCAUUAUGGGGUCUUUGGUAAAUCAGGCACAGAUUUCCAAGUGGGUGCAGAUUUUGGAUUCCCAGAUUGUUGGCUGUCUCUCUUUAGGUAUCUAGGGUUUUAUUCUCAGCAAGUACUAAGCUCUUGCAAAUCAUACUGGCUUCUACUAGUAUUUUGGUGCUUUGCACCUCUGAAAUCAAUCCCUGGGAACGCAGGGCUCCUUUGAAAGUUUGUCGUAACUUCCCUGCUUCCCCUGUGAAAAAGAGAAAUAAGAGUUGCUCUCUCUUCUAAAGGAUUUUAGCUGCUUAGAUGAAAGCUGUUGUAGACAGAAAUGUGGCAUGUUAAAGAGCUGUGUUGUGGAAAGUACAAACAGAGACUGUGCUCCUAUAUGGUCUAAAGGACUUCUUACUCUUGGCAGUGGUUACCAGGAAUCUAACUGCCUUCUUGUAUUCAAUACAUUGGUAAGGACCUCAGAGAUUUCAGGUCUCAAGAUUCAGUGGUAUGUUUUAACAUGCGUGUUGGGAUCUCCAGGCCACACCCUGUGAUAGAGAGAGAGAGCUGCAAAUGUUACAUGGAUUUCUCUCAAGUUGCCAGCAUGGCCCAAGCCAAUCUUAUGUCCGUGACAGCAAGAUCUUACUUGUUUUAAGGAGACAGAUGUAAUGAGCACUAGAAACCUUCUGUACCUCAUUACUCCUUUUAAAUGAGUUUCCACGUUGGCCCACAGCCAGGUCUGUGAUUCUUGGGGAAGUCGUAGACCCUUGAAGUUCAUCUUUUUUAUUUAAUCUUUUGAGAUCUGCUGACUUUCCAGGUUUUGAAAUGAUGCAAAUACAAGGGCCUCAUUUAGUAACACAGGUACAAUGGUAAAAAGAAGCCAGACUCUUUAAAAAAAAACCAUGAUGUGUACUUUUGUAAUAUAUAAAUGUCAUUUAUUUUUGAUACCAUAUCAUCUGGGUUUCAUCAGAUGUGUCUGUCUUAUGUGCAAUAAAAAUUAUUUGUAAGAAA